AUAGCAGCCCCUCGGCCUGGGCUCGCGUCCGCGUCCUCCCCCCGCCUCCCCGCUUCCCUUCGGCCCGGCCGCUCGCACCUUCCUGCCGGCAGUAGGACAUGGCUGAGGCCCGGCGGCUCCCGUGGCUCCGGUUCCGACUCGCUCCACACGCCCGUUGCUCCGGCCUCGCGGUGGCCACCAGGCGCCGUGAUAUCUCUUCGGGCUCCGCCCCCCUUCCCAGGGCCUGCCCCGCGGCGCACCAGCCCGGCCGCUCCCGCCGUCCCGCCGGCCAGCCCGGCGCCCAGCGGCCUACGCCUCCCGAGCUCCUCUAGCCCUAGGAAACUACAUGUCCCAGAAGGACGUAGGCCGGGCCGGGCGGAAGGGCCGGGCGGAGGUGCCCCCCCAAAUAGAAGACUAGGUUUCCCAGGAAACCUUCCGGCGCGCAGGCGCAGUAGAGCGGUUCGGUUGUCGUGGGUGGUAACUUUGGAGCAGCAAGCCCAGCCUUGUUCCCCGGAGUUUGUGCUUUCGCGGCUCAGGAGCUAGGAUUGAGUUUUCCCGGCUCGUGGGGCUCCCGCCGCUUCUCCGGCCAAUUGCAGAUCCGUCCGCCGCCCUCCGGCGUCUUUGCCCUGCUUUGGAGAUCGAGGCAGCAGCAGCUCGAGGCUGACCAUGUCCCGGAAUUACUCCGAUACAAGUAACAGAAAAGAACAUGUCAAAAUUACAGCUGAGCGGCAGCCGGGCUUCUUGGAGCGUCUCAGUGAAACGUCGGGAGGCAUGUUUGUUGGACUGAUGACAUUUUUACUUUCCUUCUACCUGAUCUUUACUAAUGAGGGCCGGGCCUUGAGGACAGCAACUUCUCUUGCUGAGGGGCUCUCGCUUGUGGUUCCCCUUAGCAACAUCCACAGUGUGGCCCCAGAGAAUGAGGGCAGACUCGUGCACUUGAUCGGCUCCCUCCGGACAUCCAAGCUCUUGUCUGAUCCCAACUAUGGGGUCUUCAUCCCUGCAGUGAAAUUGAAGCGACAAGUGGAGAUGUACCAGUGGGUGGAGUCAGAAGAGUCCAGAGAGUACACAGAGGACGGCCAAGUGAAGACAGAGAGGAGAUACACUUACAAUACUGAGUGGAAAUCAGAAAUUGUGAACAGCAGGAACUUUGACCGAGAGAUUGGGCAUAAAAAUCCCAGUGCAAUGGCUGUGGAGUCCUUCACUGCCGUUGCACCCUUUGUUCAGAUUGGCAGGUUCUUCCUUUCUGCAGGCCUCAUUGACAAAAUUGACAACUUCAAACCACUGAGCCUGGCCCACAUGGAGGACCCUCACGUCGACAUCCUCCGACGGGGAGACUACUUCUAUCACAGCGAGAACCCCAAGUAUCCAGAAGUUGGAGAUGUACGAGUUGCCUUUUCCUAUGCAGGCCUGAGUGGUGAUGACCCCAACCUGGGCCCAGCUCACGUGGUCACUGUGAUUGCUCGCCAGCGUGGAGACCAGUUGGUCCCAUAUACCACCAAGUCUGGGGACACCCUGCUUCUUCUGCACCAUGGAGAUUUCACUGCAGAGGAGGUGUUCCAGAGAGAACAUCAAAGCAACACAAUGAAAACCUGGGGCUUUCGAGGUGCUGGCUGGAUGGCCAUGUUUGUGGGCAUCAAUCUGAUGACUCGGAUCCUGUAUACCCUGGUGGACUGGUUUCCGCUUUUCCGAGACCUGGUCAACAUCGGGCUGAAAGCCUUUGCCUUUUGUGUGGCUACAUCCCUGACCCUGCUGACAAUUUCUGCCGGCUGGCUCUUUUACCGUCCCCUCUGGGCUCUGGCCAUCGGCUUGCUGGCCAUAGUUCCUAUCCUUAUUGCUCGAACCCGGGCACCGGCAAAAAAACUGGAGUGAAGAACACACUGGGCUCUGGACUGUCUGCUUUCACCUCAGAAUGUCAGAGGAGAGUUGGGUCUUGAAGACCCAUUGCAUCCCUCACAGCAGAAGCUAUCACCACAUCCUCAUGCCUAUCAAGUCACCAGCUCCACUGGCAGGACAGCCUAACAGGACCUCCUUGAAACUUCACCCUUCUCCUUUGAGCUCCCCCCUGUCCCUCCCCGCUCCUGACUUAGGGACUUGAAUGUCUCUCUGGUAUUUGGGCAAGCUAGGGAGAAUCCUCUCUUUCUCUCUAGUAAGCAGCUUGGGGUGGUGGAAGUGGGUGCUUCCUGCUGGCACCGCUGGCUUUUGUGAGCUUCCUUUGUUGAAAGUUUGAUCUUUAGGGAAGGGGUCACUGCAGGUCAUAAUCUGGAUUCUACCUCUGAUCUUCCUGGGGAGACCUUUUAGUUCCUUUACUGCAGUUGUUCCAGCUGCCGUGCAGAGGUAAAACACCAUAAAACCCUAGUAUUACUACUUAGCAGCCCUUGUUCAGCAAUCAGUAGGGUGGGGGAAGCUAGCCUGACUGCCCUCUUGGGUUUGAUAUUCCUGUAUUAGCAACCUUUAGUUAGUAUUUUCAUUUCUAUCCAUUAGAGCUAAGCUUUCCUCCUAAGAGUUACUUGAACUUAGUCGUGUGACCAUGGGCAAGUCAUUUAACCCACAUUGCCCUCCUCUCCUCCCCCAUCCCCCACCAAAAAAAAAAUUACGUGCAGCGAAAGUCCAAAUACAGGAAUGUUUUACAUGUAUCAGUGUUUCCAGUUGUUAGAGAAAAACGUGUUUCUCUGUCUGCUACAUAUAGAGAUGAUGUUCAUCUGGGCUUUUUAUUUUGUAAAAGUGUUCUGUGGGCCUUUGGUUUUUCCCUUUUCCAUUUCAUCAUGUACCAUAGGAAAAAAUUCCAAUUCUUCUGAAACAUUAUCCAAGCAAUUUGUUUUUCUUAUGGAAAGGGGAAGGAUGGCAAAUAGGUGGUAGAUACUAAGCAGGAGGUGCCUUAUCUUUUGAACUCAGCUGAUGACUUUUAAGAAACCUGUUGGAAAUACUCAUUUUAAAACUUUAUAGAGCUUUUUAAAAACGGAUGGCACUGUGAGUGAGAAGCAGAACCAGACACAACUAUAUUGUUAGAAUAUGAGAACUCAAUGAUUGUUACAAAGGUGCCCAGCAGCUCAGUGUAACUAUUGCAAAGUGCCUUUGAGCAGAGCUGUAGAUUGGCCUGGCUUGGAGGUGGGUGACAGACUUGACUUGGAACAUUGAAGUUUGUGUUUUACCAUUGUAAUCAUUGUGGCAUUGCCAAAGCUCCUUGCCAACUGGAGAUCUGCUGCUUGCUUAUCUGUUACAUUUUUCCACAGCUUAACUGGUUCUACAGUAAUCUGCCUACAUUCUUCUAUUCAACUCACCUAAUCUUAAAUUUCCCAACCACUCAUACAUACUGUUUUAAAAAUGGGUGUUGCAACCUCUUAGGUUCUUUGGGCAUCCAUCUUUUAAUAUUCAGAAUUAGGAUGUGCGGUGGUUGCCUUAGCAGAUAAAUAUUUGGUAGGAGUUGAGAUGGGGGUCAGAAUUGCUGAAACCAGUGACACCGGAUUCAGAUUCUCCCUUUGUUCUCUUGGAGGCGUAUCUCUACAGGAAGUUGAGGCUCCUCGCAAAAUACGGUCCCUUUGUUUUUUAGGGAUGAAAACAACUCUGCUAGUUGUUGAAUAAGCAAUAAACAAAUAGUAUUUUCUCUGUCCUUUAAAUUCUAACCUUAAUAGAGGCUAUAAAUUUUUUUGUUUUGUAAUACAUACAGUGUAAUAUACCAGAUUCCCUCUAGAAACACUGGAAGGUUCUAAUGAUUGGAUUGUUGAGCUUUUUUCUUAUGUGGAUUUUAAUGCCUGGCAGUUUCAACAUUUACCCUUGGACGUGUAAAAUGUUAAUGAAGAUUUGAAGGCUUUUGGCACACUUCCUCAUGAAUUUCCUUCUGACUGUAUUGUGAUCAAGAUAAAUGUCUGCGGUGUUUUUUGGUAGCCAAGACAUCAACACUUGUUUCUUUUCUCUGCUCUGUUUGCAGUUUCUCCUUUGAAGAAUAAACUGGGGCAUUGAGUACCUUA